ACCCCGGGGCGAUGCGGGCUGUUAAGAGAAGACGGGCUAAAAGGAAGAAGAUUUCGGAAAGCCGUCUCCAAGGCAACAGUCACAAGCAUCUCAGCUCUUCCGGUCCUCAGCAGCCCAGCUUCUCCUCGAGUUCCCGGGAUAGGCUCUGAUUGGCGACGGGGAAGCGCGCACGCGCGUGCAGCCGUGCGGGGGCGUGGUCUUCCAGUCACGCCACGCCUGGGGGUCCAGCGCGCAUGCGUCAAGGGCGCCGGCGGCGGAGGCGCACCCCUGCGAAGGUUUGUGCACCCUUUGGGCGGCUCCCGCCUGGGACCUGGACAGCGGCGCGCGUGCGCGCUUUCAGAUGGGCGGAGUGGCUUCCUCGGCCGGGAGCCUCGGAUUGGACGCCGCUAGUGGAAGGGGUGGGACCCUCCGCAGAGGCCCCCUCGCGAUUGGCUAGAAGCUGGAUGGGCGUGGCCUUGAGGGGGCGGGGCGGCCAGAGCGCGGCGCCGAGGUGGUGGUCGCGGUCCUUGAAUAACCCACAGAGGGGAAACUGAGGCCCACGGGGCGCGGGCACCCCCGUGAGCAGCGUCCCCACGCAGACACCAUGGCCGAGCCCCUGAAGGAGGAGGACGGCGAAGACGGCUCCGGGGAGCCCCCAGGAAGGGUGAAGGCGGAGCCCGCCCACCCCGCAGCCUCCGUGGCGGCCAAGAACCUCGCCCUGCUCAAAGCGCGCUCCUUCGACGUGACCUUCGACGUGGGGGACGAGUAUGAGAUCAUCGAAACCAUAGGCAACGGGGCCUACGGGGUGGUGUCCUCCGCGCGCCGCCGCCUCACGGGCCAGCAGGUGGCCAUCAAGAAGAUCCCGAAUGCUUUUGACGUGGUGACCAAUGCAAAGCGGACCCUCAGGGAGCUGAAGAUCCUCAAACACUUCAAGCACGACAACAUCAUCGCCAUCAAGGACAUCCUGAGGCCCACGGUGCCCUAUGGCGAGUUCAAGUCUGUCUACGUGGUCCUGGACCUGAUGGAGAGCGACCUGCACCAGAUCAUCCACUCCUCGCAGCCGCUCACGUUGGAGCACGUGCGCUACUUCCUGUACCAGCUGCUGCGCGGCCUCAAGUACAUGCACUCGGCCCAGGUCAUCCACCGCGACCUCAAGCCCUCCAACCUGCUGGUGAACGAGAACUGCGAGCUCAAGAUUGGCGACUUCGGCAUGGCCCGCGGCCUGUGCACCUCGCCUGCCGAGCACCAGUACUUCAUGACCGAGUACGUGGCCACGCGCUGGUACCGCGCCCCCGAGCUCAUGCUCUCCCUGCAUGAGUACACGCAGGCCAUCGACGUGUGGUCCGUGGGCUGCAUCUUCGGGGAGAUGCUGGCCCGGCGCCAGCUCUUCCCGGGCAAAAACUACGUGCACCAGCUGCAGCUGAUCAUGACAGUGCUGGGCACCCCGUCGCCGGCCGUGGUCCAGGCGGUGGGUGCCGAGAGGGUGCGUGCCUACAUCCAGAGCCUGCCGCCGCGCCAGCCCGUGCCCUGGGAGGCGGUGUACCCAGGCGCCGACAGCCAGGCCCUGGCUCUGCUGGGCCGCAUGCUGCGCUUCGAGCCUGGCACCCGCGUCUCAGCUGCUGCUGCCCUGCGCCACCCCUUCCUGGCCAAGUACCACGAUCCUGACGACGAGCCAGACUGCGCCCCACCCUUCGACUUCGCCUUCGACCAGGAAGCCCUCACCCGGGAGCGCAUCAAGGAGGCCAUCGUGGCUGAGAUCGAGGACUUCCACGCCCGGCGUGAGGGCAUCCGCCAACAGAUCCGCUUCCAGCCCUCGCUGCAGCCCGUGGCUGGCCAGCCCGGCUGUGCUGACGUUGAGAUGCCCAGCCCUCGGGCGCCCGGUGGGGACUGUGCCAUGGAGUCCCCCCCGCCGGCCCCGGCCCCCGGCCCCGCCCCUGAGACCAUCGAGCUGACCCUGCAGCCCCCACCGCCUGCCAGCGAGCCAGCCCCUCCUAAGAGGGAGGGCGCCAUCUCGGACAACACCAAGGCCGCCCUCAAAGCCGCCCUCCUCAAGUCCCUGCGCAACCGGCUCCGAGAUGGUCCCUGCGCCCCCCUGGAGGCCCCUGAGCCCCGGAAGCCAGUCACGGCCCAGGAGCGGCAGCGGGAGCGGGAGGAGAAGCGGCGGCGGCGGCAGGAGCGGGCCAAGGAGCGGGAGAAGCGGCGGCAGGAGCGAGAGCGCAAGGAGCGGGGUGCCGGGGUCUCCGGGGGCCCCUGCACGGACCCCCUGGCCGGACUGGUGCUCAGUGACAACGACCGCAGCUUGCUGGAGCGCUGGACUCGCAUGGCUCAGCCCCCAGCUCCGGCCCCCGCCCCCACCCCCGCCGUGGCCCCAGCACCCCCCCCAGCCCAGCCCGCCAGCCCGACCCCGGGCCCCGCACCCCAGCCCGCCUGCACCCCCCCUGCCCCGGGCCCCCACCUCACCGGCCCUCCCCCACCCCAGGCUGCCCCCUCCGGCCUCCUGGUCCCCCAGCCGCUCGGGCCCAGUGCCCCAGGAGUCCUGCCUUACUUCCCCUCCGGCCCACCCCCUCCAGACCCCCAGGGGGCCCCUCAGCCUUCCACCUCAGAGUCCCCCGAUGUCAACCUGGUCACCCAGCAGCUGUCCAAGUCACAGGUGGAGGACCCCCUGCCCCCUGUGUUCUCAGGCACCCCCAAGGGCAGCGGGGCUGGCUACGGGGUUGGCUUUGACCUUGAGGAGUUCUUGAACCAGUCUUUCGACAUGGGCAUGGCCGACGGGCCCCAGGAUGGCCAGGUGGACUCGGCCUCGCUACUGGCCGACUGGCUGGAGGGCCACGGUGUGAACCCCGCUGACCUCGAGACCCUGCAGCGGGAGAUCCAGAUGGACUCCCCGAUGCUGCUGGCCGACUUGCCCGACCUCCAGGAACCCUGAGCCCGCCGGCCCCCAGGACCUCAUCUCAGCCCCACCCGCAGCCUCGAGCCCCCCCUGAGCUGCCAUCAGGCUGGGGACCCGGAGACCCCGCCUGCCCUGAGUGGGCCUUCUCAGUGUUACAUUUUAUUACUGAUUUUUUUAUAUAGUCUGUUGCUGUCAAAGAGCGAGGCCUGUGAAAUACAAGGACGCCUCAGCCCGA